AUGACGACGUCAAAAGAAGACUUCAGCAACGAAGAUAACAAUGUGGAAGGUGACACACGCAACAAUAAUAUAAGAUUAUUGCAAGCAACAGACGAACAAGCAGGAUUGAACAAUAGCAUUCGACGGCGCCAACGAAGUACUACUCACGAUCCAGAGAGCGCUGUUGAUACAGAUAAGCAAAUAGUUCAUGCUAGUGCGCUUGAUGACAGUGAUGAUGAAGAGGAGGAAAAGCAAGACAAGCGAUUCGCCAAAGAGACAAUGACUGAGAAUGUAUUUAGUCUCAUCUACAUUUCUCCUGUUGACUCUUCUGCAUUUUGGCUUGGAAUAUUUGUGUCACUCUUCCAAAUAGUAAUGCCUUCAUUGGCGCUCCUUGACUUGAUCAUUUUCAGCGACGACAAGAACCCGCUUCAGGUACCCAAUAGCGUGUCUUUGCAGGUCAGAAUCAUUGGAGCAAUGGCCUUGAUUCUUGCAGUAUCGCAAUACUGGGACUUUAUGGAGGCAGUGGAUCGAAUCGGUCAUGGUCCUCCGCCUCGGUCAUCACCAUACACUCCAGUUGGAGCAACUGACUGGAAAUUCUAUCUAGCCUACACCAUGCAAUUUAUCAUGGGCACACUAUUCAUCAUUACGAUAUUCACCCUGGUGGUUCAGUCGACCACGGUGGUCGGCAUGUUUCUCAAUUUUGCAGCUUUGGAGUUUAUCACUCACGUCGAUGACGUUGCCUUUGCUCUGGGCAAGCGUGGAUACUUUACCGACUCGAUCAAAGUAGCAUGUGAGGAGGUGGAGGGAAUGGUAUUUUUGCGAAAAAAGGGCGGACGGAUCUCUCGUCGAUUUCAAAUUCUCAUCAUUACGGGCUCGGUUCUGGGAAUGUUUGGACUCAUCAUGCUGCAAGAGGAGAAGGGCCAGUUUGACUGUAGGCGUAUUGAAGUACAGUUUGGUGACGGUUUUAUCACUUUAUUGCAAGUCUUUUCAGGCAUUUACACCUAUCAACGAGAUUUUUAUGAUGGACGGCCGGUCUACAUGGAUGAACGGCGGCGAGCAGUCUUUCGAUAUUGUGCCAAUGGCGACGGCGGCAUCUUUAGUUUUGCCGAGAGCGGAUAUUGGGUCUUCAAUGUCCGUCCCGAUGAAAACUCGCCCAUUGAAGAGAUGUGCACCAACUACAUGGCGAGAUCUCCCGACACGAAGGGAUAUGACAUUUUAGAGCAACCAGGCAACCGGUGGCUGGCAAAACAUCGUCUUACAGACUCGGUAGAAUACUUGACAGAUUACUUCAACAUUAUUUGCGCUGAUUGUGAUGCAUCUACUUGCAAUGGUGAAUGUGUCAAUGACGAAUGCCUUUGCCUUGAAUCUGGACGCUUUGGUACACACUGCCAAUUCACCGAGCCGCCGUGCGUGGAGACGGAUUAUGAUCGUCGGACGAGCCCAUUUUCGGGAGCUGGUAGUACAUACAGCUCUGACUACUACCUAAUGAGGAAUAGCGGAAACGAGAUUGCCUUUUCAUACAACAGGCCCAUCUACAGCUAUGUCAUUGGAGAUGAUGAAGUGGACAUUCUAAUGAAUCUAGGGAGACGAUAUUUCAUGUUCUAUUUGACGCCUUCCAUGAUUGAUGGCGUACAGGAUGCCUACCAAGACGGCGCAUUGCUCGCGGAUUACCUGGAGCAAGUACAUCCUUAUUACGAUUGGAUAGAGCCAGAAUUUGUAUAUGGACAAAACGGGACUACACCAUUCCAUCGUGCGGUCUUUGUGAGUGACCCCAUUGACAUUGGUACUGCCACUGAUAAUAUCUCUCCUCUGGGUCUAUCGUGGGCUCGGGUGAAUCGACUGGAGCUCAACUCCGAGAACUACUUUGAUAUUUUCCUGCGUGGAGGCAGCAUUGAUACAGUGCUACUGUGUGCCACAUGUUCCAAGAAUGCUCCUUGUUUGAACAAUGGCAUGUGUAAUGCGAAUAGUAACUUUUGUGAAUGCAGCUUUGGAACCACAGGCCGACUGUGUGAGAAGGACUGCUACGAGGUUCCAGAUAGCAAGUAUUGCCCUCGCUGCUUUGCCGAUUAUACUUUUGACAGCCGAUGUGAGCUGGAAUGCUAUAGCAACCCACGAGCAUCAGACUGUCCCGAUUGUCGGAACAAUCCAGAGGCGCCAGGGUGUGUUGAUUGCUUUCAGAAUUUCACCGCACCUGGUUGCAAGGGCGAGCGACGGUUUUGA